AUGAUUUAACAGAUAACGUUAAACUUAAUAAAACAUAUUACACAAACUAAUAGGCAAUAUGGUAUCAGAUACAUACAUUAUUAAGUACAACUAAUUCAUAUGAUUUUAGAUGGGCAGUAUUAUACCCAACAAAUCCAUAAGCCAGCAUGGCUCAAGUAUUAAUUUACAACCAUUUAUACAGCAUUAGAAUGUAGAACUCUAAGAAUUACAUAGAUGAAAGAAAAACAAGCAGAUUUUAGAAAUCCUUUUGAAGUUGAAAUUUUAGAAACUACCCAAAUAUUCAAUACUUAAGAUACAUUUUCAAUAAUUCUUGAUAAAAGUCAUGAAUUAAUUAACAGAAAGAUUUAUGCAAAAAGCUUUACAAAUAAAUCUAUUUAAAGUUAUUUAAAUAAAUGUAAUGAAUGUUUACAAAGUUAAUAAUAUUAGUUUAAGCAUAAUUGCUAUGGGGCUAUCAAUACUAUUAAUUUUUCAAUUAAACUAUUCCCAACAACUUAGGCACAUUAAGAAUUGAUAUAAUUUUUUUUUUUAAAUAUCUCUUCAUCUCAAAUAUUUACUAUAAUUAUAAUAUCAAAUCUUGAUUGUAAAGUGUAUUAAAUAUUUUUCAAUUAUGAGAAAAGUGAAGUCAAGCUCAUAGAUAUCAAGCAAAUUGACACAUAAUUAUGA